AUGAAAAAAAUAGCUAAGGAACAUGAUGAUUCAGACUGGUUAGAAAAAAAUACGGCUGUUCUUUACUCAAAGGAGCCCCUCUUUGAAAGACCAAAAGAAAUUAGAAAAACGAUAGAAGAACUAAAGAAACAAUAUGGUGAUUUGGAUCCAGCCAUAUUAGAAAUGUUUGAUGAAGAAGACAUCCAGUCGGAUAAAGAAGAUGAACAAAGCGAAGAUAGCUCCUCAGAAUUCCAAUUACAAGAACCACUUCCAGCUAUAAUUAAUCCAGAAGCAACAUUAAGAUUACCAGAAGAUGACUUUAUACCAGAACUAGAAAAAAGACUCAGAGUGCCAUCAAUAGAAGAUGAUGAAGAACUUGCAUCAAGAUGGCCUCGUUAUGGAGAUGAAAUUAAUUAA